AUGUCGAACUCCCUGGAGCAGCUCAAGGCCAGCGGCACCGUCGUCGUCUCCGACUCUGGCGACUUCGCCUCCAUCGGCAAAUACAAGCCCCAGGAUGCCACCACCAACCCUUCGCUCAUUCUCGCUGCGUCUAAGAAGCCCGAGUACGCGAAGCUGAUUGACGAGGCCGUCCAGUACGCCAAGACGACCGGCGGCGACCUCGACACACAGGUGGACGCCGCCCUUGACCGCCUGCUGGUCGAGUUCGGCAAGGAGAUCCUUAAGAUCAUCCCUGGCAAGGUCUCCACCGAGGUCGACGCCCGCUUCUCCUUCGACACCAAGGCCUCGGUUGACAAGGCCCUGCACAUCAUCGACCUCUACAAGGCGCAGGGUAUCCCCAAGGAGCGUGUCCUGAUCAAGAUCGCCUCAACAUGGGAGGGUAUCAAGGCCGCCGAGAUCCUGCAGCGCGACCACGGCAUUAACACCAACCUGACGCUCAUGUUCAGCUUGACCCAGGCCAUCGCUGCCGCUGAGGCCGGUGCCUUCUUGAUCUCUCCUUUCGUCGGCCGUAUCCUUGACUGGUUCAAGGCCCACACCAAGAAGGAGUACGCCAAGGAGGAGGACCCCGGUGUCGAGUCGGUCAAGUCCAUCUUCAACUACUACAAGAAGUUCGGCUACAAGACCAUCGUCAUGGGUGCCUCCUUCCGCAACACGGGUGAGAUCACCGAGCUGGCUGGAUGUGACUACCUCACCAUCUCCCCCAACCUGCUCGAGGAGCUCAUCAACUCCGACGCCUCCGUCCCCAAGAAGCUGGACUCCUCGGCCGCCUCCUCGCUCAACAUCGAGAAGAAGUCGUACAUCAAGGACGAGCCUCUGUUCCGCUUCGACUUCAACGAGGACCAGAUGGCCGUCGAGAAGCUGCGCGAGGGUAUCAGCAAGUUCGCCGCCGAUGCCAUCACGCUCAAGGAUAUCAUCAAGAGCAAGAUCCAGGCAUAA